CUCGUUUGUGCUGCUCGUCGAAGCGAUCGAGAGGUUGAUGAGACACAUAUAUAUAAUACAAGUCGUAGAGUCGCGCGCGUGGGUUUACGCACAGAGACGCAUUAUCGUAUUAUCGGUUGAGAGACUUACGUAAAUUCGGUAUAUACGAGCCGACAGCGGAGAUACUCAUCGUGGCUGCAGAGCUCUCGAAUCGACGUCAGCAGCAUCAGCAGUAGCAGCAGCAGCAGCAGCAGCCAAGGAGUCGAAAGCCAUGGAAGAGAUGACAAUGCCCGUGACGAACGCACCCAAAGAACUGUUCAAGCCGCUGCAGCUACCCCUGAGGAUCCUCACGGGUCCGGGUCCGAGCAAUUGCUCGCAACGCGUGCUCGACGCGCUCAAGCAGCAAGUGCUCGGCCAUUUGCAUCCGGAAAUUCUUCAGCUGAUGGAUGACAUCAAGGCAGGGCUCCGCUACGCCUUCCAAACUGUCAACAGGCUGACACUGGCGGUCAGCGCCUCGGCUCACGUGGCUAUGGAAGCGGCGAUCGGCAAUGUCCUCGAGCGCGACGAAAAGUUGCUCGUCGUCAAAGCUGGACUCUGGGGUGAGAGGGCGGCUGACAUGGCGCAGCGCAUUGGCAUUCACGUGGACUUUUUCCACGUCGAACCUGGAGUAGCUUUUAAGCUGGAGGAUUUCGAAGAGGCUGUGAAGCGGCACCGGCCUGCUGCAGUGUUCGUGGCUCAUUCGGAGUCGUCGACGUGCCUCAUGCAGCCCAUCGAGGGACUCGGCGAGAUCUGUCACAAGUACGACGCUCUGCUGAUCGUCGACACGGUGGCGAGUCUAGGCGCCGAGCCGUUUUUCGCCGACGCAUGGGGCGUCGACGUCGUUUACACCGGUAGCCAAAAGGUCCUUGGGGCACCUCCCGGCAUCACACCCAUGAGUUUCAGUCCUUUGGCCGAAAAGAAAAUCCGAUCGCGCAAAACGCCGGUGCACUCGUUCAACUGGGACAUGACGUGGCUGGGACGCUACUGGAACUGCUUCGAGGGGGAGAACGGCCCGCGGCCCUACCACCACACCAUCAGCGCCACUCUGGUCUACGGCCUGCGGGAAGCCCUCGCCAUCUUGGCCGAGGAGGGUCUGGAGGCCAGUUGGGCCAGGCAUCACGCCGUCAAGGCCAAGUUCCACGAGGCCCUGGCCAAGCGCGGCUACGGAUUCUACGUCGAGCAGCCCCGCCAUCGGCUGGCCACCGUCAGCUCGAUCCUCUUGCCGGCCGGCGUCGACGCGCCCUCGCUCAUCGCCUUCGCCAAGGACAGAUACAACGUCGAAAUCAGUGGUGGAUUGGGACCCACGGCAGGCAAAGUCAUACGUAUAGGCCUGAUGGGAGUCAAUGCAACGCCUGGACACGUUGAUUUGGUUCUGCGAGCUUUGGAAGAAGGCGUAAAGCACGUGAAAGAUCGCACAAUAUCUAUAGUGCAUGAUAGUCGCACAUAAGUUGAAAAACAAUUCCACAAAGCUUAGUCGAAAUUAGUCACCAAACGAUAGCAUAAGUUACAAUUUUAACAUUUCGAAAAUGAAUUUAAAAAAUGC